GCAUGAGCACCUCUGAGAUUCCUGAUCUAGUUCUAGGAUCUGGGAAGGAAUUUUUCUGGAUCCGUAGACUGUUAUGAGUUAUGUUAUGAGUGAUGGCUGGGGUUCCUAGUCUCUUCACAGCAAAGCAAAUAUAGCACAAGGGUAGCCAACAUGGUACUCUCCGAUUUCCCCACAACUACAAAUCCUGUUUUUCCUGAUGGAGCUGAGGGGAGUUGUAGUCCAAUAACAUGUAUAGGGUACCAUGUUGACUACCCCUGAUGUAAAUCAUUGCUUUGCUGUUCUCAAAAGUGUCACAACUGGGCUUCAGACAGAGACGACGUUUUUGGGGAAGUAUGUAGGGAUGGACUCCUCACAGGCCCUCAUAGAUGAUGGCACUUAAAGGACCUCAGAGGUUACGGGCACAAAGCAGUCUGUGCCUGUGCACAGAAUAAUGAUUGAAUCAUAUGCUGUCUUGGGCUACCCUUACAGUUUGUCCUGAGGGUGGGCUGAGUAUUUGGCCUGUCAGCCACUAUGCUUCUGCUGCUUUACGAAGUCUACAGAAGCUGUAUGUAAUAAGAACUGUGAUCUUUUACAACCUAGCUUUGUUUCUGGUGUCUUCCUUUCUACCCCUGCUUGCCACUGCUGCAAACUCAACCUUUGAUCUCAAACACUAGUGUUCUCCUGCAAGUACCCUCUGCACUCUGUAUCCAUUGUGAUGCAGGAACCACCUCUGUCUACAGUAUCACCAAAGAGGAACAAGCAGAUUCUUGACAUUUGUAAAAUGUUUUGUUGGUUUUCAGUGUAUAAAAGCAAUUACAGCCAUACCUCGGUUUAAGUAUGCUUUGGUUCGAGUACUUUCAGUUUAAGUACUCCACAGACCUGUCUGGAACGGAUUAAUCCACUUUCCAUUACUUUCAAUAGGAAAGUUCACUUCAGGUUAAGUACGCUUCAGUUUAAGUACUCCGCAGACCGCCUGGAACAGAUUAAUCCACUUUCCAUUACUUUCAAUGGGAAAGUUCGCUUCAGGUUAAGUACACUUCAGGUUAAGUACAGACUUCCGGAACCAAUUGUAUACUUAAACCGAGGUACCACUGUACAGAAAUUCCCUCCCCAUGCCAACUUGCCCCCUGCAGGACAGACCAUUAAGUUUUACCCCAGUCCAGUUUGUGAUUCCAGUGGAUGCUAUUCUUCAGGAUUAUCAUUUGAAUAUUUUAUUAGAGGAUGGCAAAUUUCAGUAAAGUCAUCUGCGUCUCUUGUAUUGUUCAAGGUGUGCAGUCUCUUUGUUAUUUUUUUUCUGAUACAGCAACUACCCAUACAUUCUGUUUCCAGCAAGGUGUAUGCAAAUGUUCCACCCCUUUCCAGUUCUGUACUACUAGUAUGUGUGCUGUCACCAGAAGAAAAGUGGUUAAUUCUUUUUAAUAGAGGUCAAGCUGCUCUUCUCUGAAAAUGGUUAGCAGCCCCAAACUUGGGGUACUUUCCACAUGUUGACCCACAAUGUGGUUUAUUUCCAUAAAUGCACUCUGCCAGAAGAGCUGUAUGUAAUCACACGUCCCAACAUGUGGAAUGUUGUACCUAUCCUGUUGCAGCCUCUCCAGCACAGAGGUGGGAGUAUUUUUUUUAUAUAGCUACAUGCUAUUGAUGUAGUAAUUUAAAUGUAUUCUCUUGCAUGUCAAUGGACAUUGAUCUAAAAGGUUUUUUUGCCCACAAAUUAUUCCAGUCCACCUCCUUAAUUUCUAUACCUGGGUCAGAUUUCCAUUGUUCUAAAGCAGGCAUCCCCAAACUGCGGCCCUCCAGAUGUUUUGGCCUACAACUCCCAUGAUCCCUAGCUAAGAGGACCAGUGGUCAGGGGUGAUGGGAAUUGUAGUCCAAAACAUCUGGAGGGCCGAAGUUUGGGGAUGCCUGUUCUAAAGAAUUGCAUUAUCCAAUUUUUAACUCAUUAUUUUAACUCAUUAUUUUUUCUGUAAAGCAUAGAUAGAAGGUGGGGUUUUUUGCAUGUCCGUUUGUGUGUAAAAUUUAAUUUUCAAAUGGUGUCAGAGGUCUUGUGGAAUUUGCAUUAAUUUCUGAAUUUGAUAUAAAGUGCAUUAUUUGAUGAACACAUAGCCAAUUUGCAUUCUGUAUUCCAACUUUUUGAAAAUGAGCUGCUUAUGCACCAUAAGGCCACUGAUACUUUGAAGUUGUUUUUUAGUGAACAAGAGAAGCUGGUUUUGAUCAGAAAGUUCAAUGCUGUUGGGAUUUUGGGGAAUUUAAGAAGUUGGAGUGGGGGUUAAGCAAUAGCUUUCAGUGUGCUGUCACCUGCAUUGAAUCCACAGGGUAAUCUCUUACUCUUUUUGAUAGUAUUAAGCCAAUGGGAGAAUAAUGGGAAUUAAGGAAGUUUUGUAUCUUCAUAACUCAAAGCAUAAACAGGCAAUUAACUCUCCCCGCCUCCCUGCCUUGGAUUAGUCUUCAUUAUUGUAUUAAAUAAUUCAGACACUAGACAAGGAAAAGUAAUUGCACUAUCAUACUAGGUCCCCUUCACAGGACGACAAAUUCUUUGAUCUGAGCUGCUCAUUUUUAUUUUGUCAGCAAUUCCUUCUCCAAGUACAUUAUGGCAAUGGAUUUGCACUUGCCAUGAUCUGGGAGAGAUUGUGAUAAAGAGUGCUCAGCUCCCACUCUUCUCUACUUGGAAAGGAUUGUGAGAUCCUCCUUAAAGCAAGUGCAAUGGAUUUUGUCAGGUGGGUGGGCAUUAUAUACUUGAGAGGUAGAUUCUUCUACCCAGCUGUUAAAGUUAGCCUGGGAGUGGGGACAGAUAAAAUCUCCCCACUUGUUUUAAGUUAUUUCCAGCAAUCCUCCUCUGGUGGGAGAUUCAACAUUUGCAUGGUUACAUUUUCAGGCUCUUCAGUAUUCUGAAAGGUAGUAGCUCAUGGUGUUUGUGUCCAGUAUUUUUAUGCUGUAACUGUAUUGCUGUAGCUGGUGAUGGAGUAUAGUCUUUAAAUAUGUAUGUUUACUGGAUACAGACUUAAGAAUAGAUAGGAUAUCUCCUUGGCCCAUGUUCAGUGUUCUAACUAAAUUCUCAGGACUGCAUUCAGAUUGGGAUGGGGAUAGAACAAGCAUGGAUUGUAUGCCAUCAUGAGUUCUUUGGAGGAAAGGCAAGGUACAAAUAUGACCAAAAAGAAAGAUGGGAAAAUGCCAUCGACUGGAAAAGAUCUUCUGUAGCUUUUCUGAUCAAUAAUGGUGUUGGAUUUAUAGCUGUCACUUUUCUUCCUGAUGCUGGUUAACAUUCAUUUCAGAGUGUACUGUAUAAAGAAGGACCAUAGCUCAGUGGCAGAACAUCUGUGUUCAACCCUUGGCAUUUCCAGGUAAUGUUGCAAGAGAUGGUUGUCUGAAAUCCCAGAAAGCUGCUGUCAGCCAGACUCAAUAUAAGGCAGCUUUCUAGGUUCCUAUAGUUUUGACCUCUCCAGGGCCUGAUGAGCUGCAUCCAAGGAUACUAAAGGAGCCUUUUUCUUUUAUCUUUGAGAAUUCUUGGAGAACAGGUGAGGUCCCUACAGACUGGAGGCAGGCAAAUGUUUUCCUCAUCAUCCCCUCAUCUUCAAAAAAGGGGGAAAGGAAGACCCAGGUAACUACCAGGUGGUGAGGUUGACCUCAAUACCAAAGAAGGUCCUAGAACAGACAAUUCAACAGUUGGUCUGUGAGCACUUAGAAAAGGAUGCUGUGAUUACUAAGACCCAGUAUGGGUUUCUCAAAAAUAAGUCAUGUCAGACCAAUCUGAUUUAUUUUCUUUUUUGAUGGAUUUGCAAACUUGGUGGAUCAGGGAAAUGCUGUGGACAUCGUAUAUCUUGAUUUCAGAAAGGCUUUUGGCAAAGUCUCCUAUGAUAUUUUUGCAGGAAGCUGGUAAAAUGUGGGUUGAACGAGGUAACUGUUAGGUGGAUUUGAAGCUGGUUGACUAACCGAACCCAAAGAAUACUCAUUAAUGAUUCCUCAUCAACCUGGAAAAAAGUGACAAUUGUCUGUUGUCACAAAGUAGGGCUUGCAAGAAACUGAGGGGAAGUGAGUGGGCUGUCAAAGGUUAAAAAUGAGUUGGGAAGUGCUGCUAAGACCCAUGGUGGUUUAAAGUCCUUUGUUUCUUUUUUACCAAAGUAUUUGGUUAAAUUAGAAACAUUAGUUUUUUCUAGUUUGCCUCAUGACAGAAUUGUUUAUAGGAUUUUGUAAUUUCUAUAUAUUGAUGUCCCGUCCCCCCGUUUAUUUUUAUUACUUUUUAUAUAAAAAACCUCUUGUCCUAUUUAUUAAAGAAAUCAAUUAGAGCAGACCAAAUUUCAUAAAAUGAAUAUUUCCUUUUGUUGUCUUUGUGCCGAAACUUUACUAGUUCAUUUUUUUUUGCCAACAUAAUUGUCUAUACUUUAUUAUGCCAUGCUUCUAACAAUAGAUGGUACAAGUUCUUCCAGCAUUUUUCAACUAUAAAUGCACCCCUACAAGUAAUAAUAAAAGAUUUACCUAAUCUUUGGGAUGUCAACAUUUUGUUCACUAUUUUUUUAUUAAAAAAUCUGUGUUUCCUUUUACCAUAAGACAACAUUCUCUUAUUUUUAUUUGUAUUGUUUUGUUCCCCUGUGAGUAAAAUAAAUAAGAUGAAAAACCAUAUUUUAAUAUUUCCUUCAUCAUCAAUAGUAGAGAUAUAAUAUGGAUUGUUCUGUUAUUUCCUAAAACAGUAGUCUUCAGCUUUUGAGACCUGGGAUCCAUCUUUAACCCAAACAUGCACUUGGGGAACCCAUUUCUUACCAUAUGUUUAUAUGGCGGUAGUCCUGCUGUUACGGUAUUAUCCACCUUAGAUCAGGCCGUAACCUGGUAAUGGAUCCCAACCCACCAGGUAUAGACCAGUGUGCUAAUACAUCGGAGCUAAAAUAAGUUUUCAAGUCCAUCAGUCCUGUGGAAGAUCCAGGUUUAAAAGAUAGAAUAACGUUUAUUUCAGUUAUUGUGAAUCACUCUAUUGAUUAAAAUGAUUGAUGCUUGUAGACUUAGAUACAACUUAAGUUGCAUUGAGGGGAGAAUCAUUGAAAGUUCAUCUUCAUUAAUAGUUUAUAUCUGUGUACUUUUAGUGUUUGAGUCUGAAGAUACAGCAUCUUGGUUAUAAUCAUACUCCCAAAUAGGCAGUAAGUUGUGCUGAAAUGAAUGAAAGUCACAUAUGUAUGUAUGUAUGUAUGUAUGUAUGUAUGUAUGUAUGUAUGAAUAAGGGAGUGACUGAGCGAGCUUAGGAGUGGGCUGCAUCUAACUUAAUUGCUCAAAGCACCUUGAACAAAGUUCCAACUGCAAGUGACAUAAUUAGAAACUGCAAAUGAAAGAAUACAACAAAUAAGUUAUUUUGUCCAGAGGCAGGACUAGGUGGGGUUGAGGCAGACUAUAAAUGCAUCUAAUGUAUCAUAGGGUGUGUGUGCUUAAAGCAGCCAUAUACUUAAGCACUCACCUGGUAGCCAUUGGUGGCACGGAAUCUCAUCUGAUAGGUGUGAGAGAGGCAGCAGUUUUUUUAUUUAUACCCUGCCCUCCCUGGCCAAGACCAGGCUCAGGGCAGCUAACAUCAGGUAUAAAAACAAUUGAUUAAAAUACAACUUAAAAACAGGAUUAAUAUAAACGCAUAAAAAUUAAGAUUGCAAAAGGAUUGCAUUGGUGCACCAAAGUUUUUGGCAAACCUUGGUUCCUUUUCUUGUUAAGAGAAGUACAAUUUCUCAUAGCUGAAUUCUGCGGUAGUGGUACUGUAUUCAGAAAGUUCAGUUUUCUACCAUUGUUACUGCCAAGAAAGCAUCACAUAGUGCUCUACGUAGUGCAGAGAAAAUGUAUUUUGAGAUAGGGAGGCAGGCCCCAGAAAAUACAAUGUGUGCUGUUUACAAUUAUAAUUUUGUAUAACUUUGUUAUUAGACCAACUUAUAAGUCUGUCCCUCCUUUUUUUGUUAAAAUUGAAUUCAGACUUUUAAUUCCAAUUUCACUUUGCAGUAGGACUAAUUUCCCCAGAAAGGUCAACAAGGACAAUAUCAUUUAAUGCAAAAAAUUAAUUACCCAGUAACCAUGUUGUUUUGCUCACAAAAGGUUGUUAAAAGUAACCAAGCAAUUUCCUUCCCCCUUCCAAUAUAUGCUUAUGAUAUAUGCUUAUGAAUCAAGUGAGGGUUCUUAUCCAGGUUUGCAAUUACGAGUAAAGAUACAGGUGGUGUCUUAAUUCUUGAUUAAUUAUUGUGGGAUAUAAUUUCCAGUUGUGUUGGAAGGGUGAUUGGCAAAGCAUCUCAUUUUGUCUCAGCCCUAUUGAACCACCACCCUAGCAUGUUGACUUGUAUCCAAAGAAUCUGCAUUGGCAGGAUCCAGAACUGGUUGGAGCAGCUCUGCUUCUGCCUCUGGAUGAGUUUCAGUAAAAUAGAUGCAGGUAUUAAAGCCAUGAUGUAGGUCACAAGCCUUUCCUGUAUUCUGUACAGUACAUAAAACAGUGCUACUUCAUGCUCACUGGCUCCCUCACAAGAAAAUGUUUUUACAGGAAAUCAAUGUUGCUUUUGAAUAAAGCACCUUGAGUGAAUGUAGUGUGAGGUGAAAACUUCCUUUCCAGGGAAUUUGAUAGCUAUAGAUUCUUCCCUUUAUUGGCACCAAGUUCUGCUUGCUUUUCCCAGCAACCAAGCUAGAUCAUACUAGCUCCUGAUGUCUCUUACAUUUUGACGCAAUGCAAAACAGCAUUUCCUUUUUUCACAAGCAUUGCACCAUUGUAGCUGUUGCUACUUUACCCAGGCUUAUGAGGCAAUUUCAGCACCCAUAGUUCAUGCAGCUCAUCAAAAUGUGGGAUAAAGGGGAGGAAAUUUGUUUUGUUUUAAGCAAGUAACAAUAGUAAAUAUUUAGCUCAUGUUUUAUCUGCAGAGUGCAAUUACAUCUGAUCAUAGCUGCCAAGUUUUCCCUUUUCUCACGAGGAAGCCUAUUCAGCAUAAGGGAAAAUCCCUUAAAAUAAGGGAUAACUUGGCAGCUAUGCAUCUGAUAUAUAGUUUAACAACAUUAUAUACUGCUUACGAGACAGAAUAGUUUCUUUUUAUCAGUUUCUCUGUUCCACAGUUUCGUGCCGGGUACAGCUAUCCCACUCUUUCUUGCAGGAAGGGAGAAUGAGUUGUUAGAUGAAGAUGUUCCUCUCUACCUGGCCAAUUCUGAGAGGGUCAGUGAUUGUGGCCUAACUUUGUACAGUAAUAUACCAUUAUAGGAUUUGAUUUACAAACUUUGGCUAGGGUUGAAGUCCUUUAUUUUUUCAACACCAAAACAAAUCCCUAUUUAAGGUGGCAAAAAUGGAAUUUCCCCCUAACUCUUCAGUGUGUUUUUAAGUGUGAAGUUAUGUUUUGCAUCUUGGAGUUGGCCUCAUUGCUGAAAGGUUAGCCUGAGUUUGUAUUGUUCUUCCCUCUUUCUCCCCAUACCCUGCUUGUGUUACAUCUUGACUGAUUAAUAGCUCUGGAGAACUCAGAAGCUUCCCACAUCUUUGUGGCAUUUUGGUUGGUUCUAAUAAAGGUAUUUCUCAACUUUUAGGAGUGUUUUUCUUAUGGACCAAUGCAGCUGCAUUUGCUAGAUCUACCUACUGUAUUAGCAGUUGUAAGACAUACAGAGUCAAUACUCGUCAUGAUCAUUAACUCAGAUUGGAACCUUCAUUGCUUACAUUCACACAUUAUAAAAACUAUGUGUGUGGGGGAGAUCCACUCUGAUUGUGCAUACAUUAAGGAGAUUAGAUUAUUUUUAUAAGAAAGUAUUAUAUUAAGUAAGCAUAGAAACAUGCUUUUGUGGGCAUUCAGAAUUUCAUUCCUGCUUGGAGGUGGGGUCUGUUGGAUUCGUUGGUAUUUUUUAAUGUGUGGAGUAAAUACCACUUUUUGGUGUACUAAUUAGUUUGAUUCCUGGAUGGCAGUACUUCAUUCAGCCCUUUGCUUUAAUUCACCGAGUUUUCCUGUCAUUUAAACUCUGUUUAUUUCUCUGAGCCUUGCAGUAAAAAUCUGUGCAUAGCUGCUGAUUUGUUAGGUUGCACUCCUCUCUUAAGAAUGUCCUUUUUGGCUGCAAUCCUAUAUCUUUUCCUUGGAAUGAUCCUUAUCGAAUACAGCUGAACUUCCAAGUAAACAUGUAUAGGAUUAUGCAGCAAAUGCACUGCUUCUUUGGUUUGUUUUCCAUCUGGUAUAGUCUGGACUUUAUAUAGUGCAUUUCCCUUAGAAAGUAAAUGCUAUGUUUAAAACACUGUUGAAGUUAGAAGUAUUCAGUGCUUACUCUAUGAAGGUAGAUGGUGAGAUAGUAAUUCAGAUUAGUUUUCCCAUUAGUGUUUUGUUUCUUUGAUUUGGUAUGUUUUCUUACUUGUAAAUUUCAUUUCUAUGUCUCCUGCCCUAUGGCUGUAGAUAAGAGCUUUUUUGAAACUUAGCUUCCAGCCAUUGGCUGAACCAGGGACAGCAACUGUCACGGAACUCUUGGGUCCAGCAUUCUGCCUUAUCUGCUUAAGGAAUAGUAGAGCAACUACCAGUUUUUUCCAUUACUCUCCAGUAUUCGAAAAACCAGUUGUGCUUAGCAGAGCAAGUGAUUUAUAAACUUUAUGGUUACUGAGCCUUAUCAAAUCAAAUUCUCCUGAAUGACAACGUGCAGCCAACACCUUUGAGAAAGUGAGCCUCCCCUGUUCAUCCAUCAUCGAAAUAAUCUUGAGCAGCACUGGCUUAAUCGAUUUGGGUGCAGUAAAACUUUGGCUAUCUCCAUUCAUUUAGCAUACUUUUUCCUCAUGUUUAGUUUGAAUUGUUCAGAGUUUUAUGGAAGCUCUCUUGUAAUUAUUACAGUCAACAAAUUUGGUGAUUAUUUUCAUGGGCAAAAAGAUGCAGGCCCUGUUUCUCAUAACAGCAGUAAUAUACCGUUGUGUAAAUGUAUUGAAUGUAACCUCUGAGGCUCUUAUAGUGGUAAAAGCAUGCAUUUUCUUUUAAGAGCGAAAAACAAGUGAGUCUUAACUCAUCUGAGUAAUAUGGAUUCCUCCUUCCCAUUAAAAAACAGCAACUCAUGUUCCUUGAUUUGGUUGAUUCCAUCUUUGUAGAAAAGCCAUACAAAUUAGCAGUCACCUGGUUAUCUGAAGGUAGUGAUAGCUACUUCUGGGUGCUAGGAACAUACAAACUGGCAGUAGAACAGCAUUUGCAGCCACUUAAACAGAACAGCAGUGUUAUAGAGGAUGCUUACAGGGCUUUCUUAGUUGGGUAUAGGCUACUGACGUCUGACUAGCAAAGAAGAAUGAGCCAGGCAUGCAGAAAAUCUCAAAGCACUUCCCAUGUUAGUGGACAGUGCAAUGCAAAGUGCCUUGGAUUAAAAGGGAGACUGAAUAGCCCCUCCUUGAAGCUUCCAUAAUUGGCUACAAUAGCACUCCCUGCUAUACACAUUUAGAAGAGGGCACUACAUUGGUUUGACCCAACUUGGCUGAGAGCUAUUGGAAAGGAGUUUGUGUCAUCGCAGAAACUGUUCCUGAUGAGGGAACUUUAUCUUGUCUCUUGAGAACCACGGAAGUUGUCUGGGUGGGUUAAUCGCUUCUCUUGCAACUCUCUAGGUGAUGUAGCUGAUCAUCAAGCUGGUUGGACACAAUAGAUAGAUGUUAGGCCACUCUUUACCACUACAUUUCUGCACUGGUAGGAACGAUCUCCACCUGCCGUCACUUUUAAAUCAUCAUGAGCCUACUCGAACUCUAUGUCUUCAACUCAGCUGGAGAUGCUGAUGAUCCACCAAGAAUUACUCAAAACCCAGUCAUCAAUGGGAAUGUAGCAAUGGCUGAUGGUCACAACAACACAGAAGAAGACAUGGAAGAUGACACAAGCUGGCGGUCGGAAGCAACUUUCCAGUUCACUGUUGAACGUUUCAACAGGCUGAAUGAAUCAGUCCUAAGUCCCCCCUGCUUUGUACGGAACCUGCCAUGGAAGAUUAUGGUGAUGCCACGACUCUACCCAGACAGGCCACACCAAAAAAGUGUAGGAUUCUUUCUUCAGUGCAAUGCUGAGUCUGAUUCCACGUCAUGGUCUUGUCAUGCACAAGCAGUGCUCAAGAUAAUAAAUUACAAAGACGAUGAGAAAUCUUUCAGUCGCCGUAUCAGCCACUUGUUCUUUCAUAAGGAAAAUGACUGGGGCUUUUCCAACUUUAUGUCAUGGAGUGAAGUUACUGAUCCAGAUAAAGGCUAUAUAGAAGAUGACAAAGUAACUUUUGAAGUGUACGUUCAAGCUGAUGCUCCACAUGGCGUGGCGUGGGAUUCCAAGAAGCAUACAGGAUAUGUAGGACUGAAGAACCAGGGAGCAACCUGCUAUAUGAACAGCUUAUUACAGACAUUAUUUUUCACAAAUCAGCUACGAAAGGCUGUGUACAUGAUGCCCACAGAAGGAGAUGACUCAUCAAAAAGUGUUCCUUUAGCAUUGCAGAGGGUGUUCUAUGAGCUUCAGCAUAGCGACAAACCAGUAGGAACUAAGAAGCUGACAAAAUCCUUUGGAUGGGAGACGUUAGACAGCUUCAUGCAACAUGACGUUCAGGAACUAUGUCGAGUGUUGCUUGAUAAUGUUGAAAAUAAAAUGAAAGGCACCUGUGUAGAAGGCACUAUCCCUAAAUUAUUCAGGGGGAAAAUGGUGUCUUAUAUCCAAUGCAAACACGUAGACUAUCGUUCUGAACGAAUAGAGGAUUAUUACGACAUUCAGCUUAGUAUAAAGGGAAAGAAAAGCAUAUUUGAGUCCUUCAUUGAUUAUGUUGCCGUGGAACAGCUGGAUGGGGAUAAUAAAUAUGAUGCAGGAGAACAUGGUUUGCAGGAGGCAGAAAAAGGUGUAAAGUUCUUAACGCUGCCACCAGUGUUGCAUCUACAACUCAUGAGGUUCAUGUAUGAUCCCCAGACUGACCAGAACAUCAAGAUAAAUGAUAGGUUUGAAUUUCCAGAUCAGCUGCCUCUUGAUGAAUUUUUGCAAAAAACAGACCCUAAAGAUGCUGCAAACUACAUACUUCACGCAGUGCUAGUUCACAGUGGAGAUAACCAUGGUGGACAUUAUGUCGUUUACUUGAACCCUAAAGGGGAUGGAAAAUGGUGUAAAUUUGAUGAUGACGUUGUAUCUAGAUGUACAAAAGAAGAAGCAAUUGAGCAUAACUAUGGAGGCCACGAUGAUGACCUAUCUGUACGGCACUGUACCAAUGCUUAUAUGUUGGUUUAUAUCAGGGAGUCAAAAUUAAGUGAGGUUUUGCAAGCAGUCACUGAUCAUGAUAUUCCUCAGCAACUAGUAGAACGGCUGCAAGAAGAAAAAAGAAUAGAGGCUCAAAAGAGAAAGGAGAGGCAAGAAGCCCACCUCUACAUGCAAGUACAGAUAGUAACAGAGGACCAGUUCUGUGGCCAUCAAGGCAACGACAUGUAUGAUGAAGAAAAAGUGAAAUACACUGUGUUCAAAGUGCUGAAAAAUUCAACACUAGCAGAAUUCGUUCAAAACCUGUCUCAAACAAUGGGCUUUCCACAAGAUCAAAUACGGUUGUGGCCAAUGCAAGCCCGAAGUAAUGGGACAAAAAGGCCAGCCAUGUUAGACAAUGAAGCUGAUGGCAAUAAAACUAUGAUUGAGCUCAGUGACAAUGAAAAUCCAUGGACAAUAUUCUUAGAAACUGUAGAUCCAGAAAUGGCUGCUACAGGAGCAACAUUACCCAAGUUUGACAAAGACCUGGUCAUUCCUCCUCUGGUCACUGGUAUGGAUGCACGAACUGUCUGUCUGUCUCCAGGCACUGUCUGCAGUCAUCUCCAAGGGAUUCCCACACGGCAGGAUGAUGUAAUGCUGUUCCUGAAGAUGUAUGAUCCAAAGACACGGAGUUUGAAUUAUUGUGGACAUAUCUACACACCUAUAUCCUGCAAAAUACGUGACUUGCUGCCGGUUAUGUGUGAAAGAGCAGGAUUUCCCCAAGAGUCUAAUCUUAUCCUCUAUGAGGAAGUUAAGCCGAAUUUAACAGAGAGAAUUCAAGACUAUGAUGUUUCCCUUGACAAAGCUCUUGAUGAACUCAUGGAUGGUGACAUCAUUGUGUUUCAAAAGGAUGACCCCGAGAAUGAUAGCAGUGAGCUACCAACAGCAAAAGAGUACUUCAGAGACCUUUACCACCGAGUUGAUGUCAUCUUCUGUGACAAGACCAUCCCCAAUGAUCCCGGUUUUGUUGUCACAUUAUCCAACAGAAUGAAUUAUUUUCAGGUUGCAAAGACAGUCGCCCAAAGGCUGAAUACUGACCCUAUGCUACUACAGUUUUUCAAAUCCCAAGGUUAUAGAGAUGGCCCAGGUAACCCUCUUAGACAUAAUUAUGAUGGAACUUUAAGAGAUCUCCUGCAGUUCUUCAAGCCUAGACAGCCCAAGAAACUUUACUAUCAGCAGCUUAAAAUGAAAAUCACAGACUUUGAAAACAGGAGAAGUUUUAAGUGCAUAUGGUUAAACAGCCAGUUUAGAGAAGAGGAAAUAACACUAUAUCCAGACAAGCAUGGGUGUGUACGGGACUUAUUAGACGAAUGUAAAAAAGCUGUAGAACUCGCUGAGAGAGGUUCAGGGAAAUUAAGGCUGCUAGAAAUUGUAAGUUACAAAAUAAUUGGUGUCCAUCAGGAAGAUGAAUUGUUAGAGUGUUUAUCACCAGCAACAAGUCGAACGUUUCGAAUAGAGGAAAUCCCACUGGACCAGGUAGAUCUAGAUAAGGAGAAUGAGAUGCUCAUCACAGUGGCUCAUUUCCAGAAAGAGGUUUUUGGGACGUUUGGCACUCCGUUCUUGCUAAGGAUACACCAGGGUGAACACUUUCGAGAGGUGAUGAAGAGGAUUCAGACAGUGCUGGACAUCCAGGAGAAGGAAUUUGAAAAGUUUAAGUUUGCCAUUGUAAUGAUGGGUCGACACCAGUAUCUAAAUGAAGAUGAAUAUGAAGUGAACUUGAAAGAUUUUGAGCCCCAACCUGGCAACAUGUCUCACCCCAGGCCAUGGCUAGGGCUUGACCAUUUCAACAAAGCCCCAAAGAGAAGUCGCUACACGUACCUUGAAAAAGCAAUUAAAAUCCAUAACUGACUUACCCUCUCCAGUUUGUUCGAGGCAAAAGGGGCAACAAUGUGUGUUUGUGUGAGCGUGUGUGUGUGUGUGCGUGUGUGUGUGUGUGCGUGCGCACCUUUUUAACAACUGUAGGACUUUUGGUACACGUGCACUCGAUCGGAAGUCUCCAGCAAGAGGAUUUGCUGCUGAUUUAUUAAUUUUAUUUUGAGGCUGUUCAGUUUGGCUUCUCUGUAUCUAUUAUUGACUGCCCUUUUUUUUUUCUUUUUGAGCAAAAAUGAAGGUGUUUUAUAAAAGCUUGGGUGCCAAUGAGAGUUUUUAUGGGAAAUGUAAACAAAGCGAGAUUGUCAGCAUAACAAGGAAAGGGUUGAGUUAGAGCAGUUGACAUUGGCGAAAUAUUGUCUGUAGUACAUUAACUGGACAGCCUUUUCUGGCUGACCUCCCCCCCCCUCCCUUGCCCUCCCCUCCUUCCUCCCCCUCUUCCCCAAUGCGUGGUACCCUGCCAUCACUGCAGCUAGUUGGCGCUAUGGUUAGGCUCACGCCCAAUUUAUUUCCUUCAGUUAUAUACUUUAAAUGACAUUUUUGUGCAUUUGUAAAUGCAAAGAGAAACUCACACCAUCAAUAAAUAGCAAUCUCUACUUCAUUGUGUACACUGUUGGCACUUAUUCGGGGGGGAGGGGGAGAUUUUGUCUCUUCAAUCAGCCUAGAAUUUCUCUUUUUAUUAUUAUAAUAUUAUUAUUAUUAUAAAUAAAUGGAUUUUGAGUCAAAUUUGUUUUUCUCACAUCACCUUUUGCCAAGGAAGAAGUUGGGGAACCCCCCCAAAGGAGGUGCAGUGUAUUUGUAUCCCUUUAGAAACUGUUUGAGAGUAAAAUCCCUUGGUUGCAGUGAGAUUUACAAGCAUAGUACCAACUUCCCAGAGAAUUUGAAGAAGGAAAAGGGCAUCUGUUUUAUAAUUAAUUUAGUUAAUCUGGGAAGACAUAGGAAGACAAAACAAAAUAGCCUUUUAGCACUGAGGGCAUGUUCACUAGCAUUUAGUAAGCUGUUGACUUUGUAAAAAAUGUGGGGGUGGGGCUUGGGAGGGGGAACAAAACAAUUGUAUAUUUAACAGAGGAACAUGUACAAUUUAACAUUUGGGGUUCCUUGGGGGGGCUGGGGGGGCAGGGUGAGUCUGCAAGUGAAUUUCACAGAUGUCAAUAUUCAUUGUGUGUAGUUUUAUUUCAGUCCCCGGACUUGCUUUUCCAUUUUAGUUUGGAGCUACAAGCAGCCCCAUGUGUCUCUCCUAAGUUUUUGAGUGCGGUAAAAAUAUAGAAGCAGCAAUUUACACUCCCCCCCCCACAUUAUUUCUCAUUCUUUCUCUUCUUCCCCCCUCCUGCAUUCCCUCCUGCCAAUAUUUUAUUUUGUUUCUGUAGCUGCGGUGUGCAACAAUUCUUCCUGUAUAUUGCCUUUUUUUCUUUUUUUGCUGGAAAAAAUGUUGUAUGUUGAAUAAAAAUUUUCUAUAAAAUUUUA